AUGCCACUGUCACUAGUUCAAGCCGCUUCAGUGUCCUACUUGAGAUCCCAAUCAACGCUUCCUAAACCCUCUUCCUCCUCUGUUUUACUUCUUAAAAAGUCAAUCUUUCCUGAUUCAUCAAAGUUAACAACUUUCCACCGAAUCUUUAAGAAACCCUCAAAAGGGUCUGCUCGUGCUUCUUUGCUCGAGGCGCCUGUCUUGUGGGCUGGUAGAAUCUGUGUGUUUUACGCGCUGGUUAAAGCUGGUUUAGCUGGGUCCAAGUCUAACCCCAUCGUCUCUGGUUUGGAGAGUGGUGGUGUUGAUGUUGAAGAUGAUGGUGGUGUGGAUCUUGGGUUCUCGAAGUGGAUACAGAACAUUAAGGGCAAACCAGAUAAAGAUGCAGCUGAUAAGAGGAAGCUAGUGAGCAAAUGGCACCCAACCACAAAGGGAACACUUAGAAGGAACUACAGGGUACCUUCCAAAGGUGAAGGAAACCGUCUCCUCAAAGCCAUUGCCUCUCUUCUCUCAGAUGAUGACCAUUUCAGAGAUGCAACGUCUCACAAGGGCUGUCAAAUACGGCGAGAGAGUGCACACGGUCAAAGCGUCUGUUGCAACAACGUGAGAGCUCUGUUUGAUGAGUUACCAACGCCACAUUUGGUGGUUGAGAUCACACCUUUUCCAGCUGGUCCGCUUACAGAGAUUGAUUACCUUAAGGCUGAGAAGCUUGAAAAGGUUCUAAGGUCAGGCCCCAACAUUUGA